AGAACAGUUUCUAUUGUUAAUAAAGUUAAAUUUCCAUUUAAUCAAUAUUCCAUAAAGCAUUUAACCUAUAAACUCACAUCGCCUUUAAUAAACUUAAGUCUUAUCUAUCUGAUUUUUAUGUUUGUUAUAAAAUGAGAAUAUAUUUUUAGAAUGUUUUUGUCUGUGGAGUCAGUGAUAUUUUAGAAUUUUCUAUGGUAACAUCAUAAAUACAUACCAAUUGAGAAUGAAAAUGAUAAUAUGGACUUUUCUCAGUAUUAACUAAAAUAACACAAACAAAAACAGUGGUGAUUUUACAUAACAAUAAACAUAUUCGUCAACACAAAGUCGAAAGAUGCUGCUCCAGUCUCAAAAAGAAUCAUCGUCGCCUAAUCUGUUUAACAAUACUAAGAAUGGGAAUUUUCGCGCCGUAUUUAAAAAAUCACACACGUGUGGCAGUUUGUUUGCAAAAUGUUCGUGUAGUGAGGGUUUAGACGAUAGGACUAACCAUAAAGCUUUCCAUCAUUCUAAAUCAAUUGAUCAAGAAAGAUCGACGAAGCUGAGUUUGGACGAAACUAAUUUUUCCAAUGCAAGUAAUAAGAGAUCAUCUAAUCCAGACCUAGUCAGGUAUUCAAAGAGUCCUGAAGUUUGUCUGUGCCCCAAACUUCCUAAAGGAACCAACGUAGUAAAAACAAAUGUCUAUCUGAACCACCCAGAAAUCAAUUUUCCUAUUCCAGUAGAAAUUCCCGCUGACAACUGUGAUAAAUGUAAAGUGAAUCAAAGAGGAGUUACUCCUGUUUUCCAUCCAGAAAUAAAGAAUAAAUUAGAUUAUCACAAAUAUACUGCCUUAGCCUACGAAAGCCAAUCGAUACAAAAGAACGACGAAGCUCAAAAAUUUUUGCAAGACUUUGGAAUAUUGUCACCGAUGGGUAACAUAGUGCCAUCGAGUAUAAGGAAAAGUUCCAUUGACGGGGAAGUCAUUCAGAAUAUUAAGAGAAAUUCGAAAAAUUUGGAAUUGAAAAGGAAAAGUUUGAUAGACCCAGAUGAUUAUGAGUAUUUGAAGUCGCUUGUGAGUAAGUUAAAAUAUGAAAUUUCAGAUAUUGAAGGUAAAUAUGAGGCAGUACAAUCGGAGUUGCUCGAAGUGAAGAAGCAGUUGGGUAAUAAGGAGGCACAAGUUGUUAGGUUGCAGAGAGAAAUUCACAAAUUAAAGAGUGUUCUUCAACAAACAAAUGCGAGCCGAGAUGGAGAGCUAUUAGCCAAUAUACAAAAACAACAUGCCAUGGCUAACGGUCAACUUACUCUUAAUAACAGCAAUCAUUCCAAAAAACAAGGUGUAUCAGCAGAAUCCAGUGAAGCUACAGGCGAAGCAGUUAACAUAUCCAUAACAAAAUACGACAAAGACUUCAGAUCAAAGCAGCUAAUAAAAGGAGCAAUCAUGGAUAACAGUUUCUUGAAGAAUCUCGAUACAUCUCAAGUUAGAGAAAUGGUGGACGCUAUGUAUGUCAAGGAAUUUUGUGCCGGUUCGCUUGUUGUAAAAGAAGGUACAACCGGUGUACAUUUGUUCGUUUCUGGGGAAGGCGACUUUGAGAUUAUCAAAGACGGUAAAGUCCUUGGUCUCAUGGGACCUGGAAAAGCUUUCGGGGAACUAGCUAUUUUAUAUAACUGUACCAGAACAGCGUCAAUCAGAGCCGUCACUGAUGUAAAAGUAUGGAUAUUGGACAGAAAAGUUUUUCAACAGAUUAUGAUGAGGACAGGUUUACAGAGAUUGCAAGAUAAUCUUAACUUUCUCAAAUCUGUUCCUCUACUUCAAAAUAUAUGUAACGAUGUCUUAGCGAAAAUUGCUGAUGCCCUAGAAGUGGAAUUCUAUCCGGCAGGGGCGCAUAUCAUAAGGCAAGGGGCUAGUGGAGACACAUUCUUUAUUAUCUGUAGUGGAUCUGUUAAAGUAACUCAAAGACUUCCAGGUCAAAUUGAGGAAGAAGAAAUUCGAGUGCUGCAAAGAGGUGAUUAUUUUGGCGAACAAGCGUUAUUGAAAGAAGACGUUCGGACAGCUUCAGUCAUAGCCAUACAUCCUGGGGUAGAAUGUUUAACAUUGGAUAGAGAAUCAUUCAAGCAGCUGAUAGGUGAUAUAAGCGAAAUCAGAGAAAAAGACUACGGCGAUGAAGAAAGACUGAAUAAGACUUCGUCAUCUUUAGAACAACAAGAAUAUGAAUAUAUACAGCUAGAUGAUUUAGAAGUAAUAGCGACGUUAGGAAUUGGUGGUUUCGGUAGGGUGGAAUUAGUUCAAUAUAUCGCUAAUCCAUCUUUGACGUUCGCUUUGAAAUGUUUGAAGAAACAACAUAUAGUUGACACACAGCAACAGAAGCAUGUUCAAAGCGAAAGGAGCAUAAUGAUGAGUUGUAGGAGCCCUUUCAUUUGUCGAUUAUACAGAAGUUACCGAGACUCAAAAUAUGUAUAUAUGCUAUUGGAAGCGUGCUUGGGAGGUGAAGUAUGGACAAUACUUAGAGACAGAGGCUGUUUCGAUGAUCACACAACUAGGUUUAUUACAGCUUGUGUAAUAGAAGCAUUUGAUUAUCUACAUGCUCGAGGUAUAAUCUAUAGAGACUUGAAACCAGAAAACCUCCUAUUGGAUUCAAAUGGUUAUGUUAAAAUUGUGGAUUUUGGAUUUUCCAAGAGACUUGGUUAUAGUAAUAAGACUUGGACAUUUUGUGGGACUCCAGAAUAUGUAGCUCCAGAAGUUAUUUUGAAUAAAGGUCACGAUAAGGCGGUAGAUUUUUGGGCUUUGGGGAUCCUCAUGCACGAGUUGUUAACCGGAAAUCCACCGUUUAGAGCAUCAGAUCCAAUGAAUACCUACAAUUUAAUAUUAAAAGGGAUAGAUAUGAUCGAUUUUGCCAGAUAUAAUGUAGGAAGAACAGCACAGGGACUAAUUAAAAAAUUAUGCAAAGAUGUUCCUUCGGAGAGGCUUGGAUGCCAAAGAGCAGGAAUAUUAGAUAUCAAGAAACAUAAAUGGUUCCAAGGUUUUGAUUGGGAUGGUCUGGUUGCACAAACGCUCCCAGCUCCAAUUCAACAAGCUGUUAGAAGUCCUUGCGAUACAUCGAAUUUCGACAGUUUUCCAAAAGACGACGACAUUCCUCCUGAUGAACUAUCAAAUUGGGAUAUUAAUUUUUAAGUUGUGACUAACAAUAUGAUUCUCUUUUAAUUUAAAAAUUAUUACCUCGAAGAUUCGAAGAAAUUAUUUUAAUUUUGAAUUAUUAUAUCUGUCUUUUGAUACUAAAUUAGAAUAAGUGCAUAUACUUUUCUUUUUUAGAGAGCAACCUAUUCUUGAAGCACAAUAAUAUUGGUUUUUAAAUAUUAUACUGUAUAAUAUUAAGCAUUGUUAUCAAUUUAUCAAAUCUGAAAAUUGCUCUUAGAGAUCUGUAUUGGAUGAAGAUAUAAUUAUGUAUUUCUUUAUAGUCAUAUGUACAAACCUCCCGAAUAGAUCAAUUGAAUAUUUUUAUUGUUGUUCUGUAUAAAAGUUCAACAUUUUUCUAUCAAAUAAACGAUCAAAUUUUUUCUUCAUUCA